AUGCCCUGCUUUUGCGUUGGAGUAGCGGAGGCACAAAAGAAAGACGGGUUUACCGACGACGAAGCAUGCUAUAUCUCCGGAACCUUGCUCGAGGCUGGCUCAGAUACGACUUCCAGUACUCUAUAUGCCUUCAUUCAAGCUAUGAUUCUCUACCCUGAUGUCCAGAAGCGGGCGCAGGAAGAAAUCGAGCGGGUUGUUGGAUCUCAACGACUUCCCACAAUGGAGGAUGUAGAUGAUUUACCUUUCACUCGUUGUUGUGUGAAAGAGACACUCCGUUGGAUGCCAACGACGAUUCUCGGUGCUGUACCCCACGCAGCCAAUCAAGACGAUAUCUAUAUGGGCUAUGUUAUACCAAAGGGAGCUGCAGUGAUGAACAAUGUCUGGUCAAUUAACAUGGACCCAUCUCGAUAUACAGAUCCCCGUAAAUAUGAUCCCCAGCGAUUUGAAAGCAACACGAAGAGUCUUUAUGACUCGGCGGUCGACCCGGAUGUGUCGAUGAGGGACCAAUUCACAUUUGGUGCUGGGCGACGUAUAUGCCCAGGUAUUCAUGUUGCCGAGCGGAGUCUGUUUCUAGGCAUAUCGCGCAUCCUGUGGUCUUUUAGUAUCACGCCAGCGCUAAAUAACGUUGGGUCACCCGACAUGCCUGACCCCGAGAAACUGACACAAGGUUUUGUUUGUAUGCCAGAAAAGUUCCGGGCAAAGAUCACUGUUAGAUCACAAGAAAGAAGUGAUCUCAUAACCCAAGAAUGGCAUCAAGCAGAACACGAAUUCCUCGAUCGGCAAACGAAGCAAUGGGCAAAAAUUCCUAAUGCGAUCAGCGAGUGA